AAAAAAUUAACCAAUACCUUUAUUUUCCCCGCCUGUUAUCUCCCUCCCUAUUCAUCUCCAGAAACAUCAAACACAGAAAGAAAUCACCUUAUUUAUAAAAUAAACUAAAAUUACAACAUGUGUCCAAUGAGAUUCCUGUUGGUGUUUUUCUCAGCUAUUUUAGCUGGUUACAUGGCCUGGAAAUCGGUUCGGACCACUUCGGAAACCGAAGACAACAGUUUCGAAGACGAUUCAUCGGUUGUUGACAAACAACAAUCACAAUCCAGCAUCAUCAAGAUAGCUCAAAAUGGAUUUUGGGGAAUUGUUGACAUGGCUAGUGGAAAGUAUCUAUGGAGGAACUUAAACCAGAUUAAGCAAGAUAGAAAAGUCAAGAGUUCUUAGCCAAGAUUUCUUGGGUUUUUUGUGUUCUAAUUAUAUUGGGUUAGACUUAAAGUCAAACCUCCCAGUUUUUCAUGUCAUGAGAAAGUGAAACCACUAUGCGUGUGGUGUUUCUUCUGUAUAAUCAAUGUAUAAAAAUUUUCAUUUUCUAUUGUUAA